UUUUUGGGGCAGGAUUUUCCUCUGUAUGGUUUUCCAGCGGUGGGAGGACCCUUCCCCAUCCUUCCCCGUCUCCUUGAGUUAGUUCCCCGCACGCUCGGGAGCCUCGGAGCCUCCUGGACUGAAUGCAACUUUUUUUCCUCCCUCCGCACCCCUUCCCCCUUGGCUGAUCCCUGUCAGCAGGGACCGAAAAAAAAAAGCCCCGGCGAGGAGGAGGCAGAAGGGGCUGUGCGUGCAUGUGUGGUUGCUGCUGGUGCCCGGCACCCGAAUCCGUAGGUGUGUGUUGAAAUAUGGAGAAUAGUCUUGGAUGUGUUUGGGUACCAAAGCUGGCUUUUCUCCUCUUCGGGUUUACGCUGGCGAGCCUGCAUCCUCGAGUCUCCGGGUCACAGAUUAAGACUUUUACAUCGUUGAGGUUCUUGACUGAGCCUUCAGAUGCUGUCACCAUGCGUGGAAGCAAUGUGCUGUUGAACUGCAUAGCAGAAUCAGACCAAGGAGCCCCAGUUAUUAAAUGGAAGAAAGAUGCAGUCUUCUUAAACCUGGCAGUAGAUGAAAGGCGGCAGCAGCUGGCCAAUGGAUCACUCUUGAUACAAAACAUAGUCCACUCCAGGCACCACAAGCCAGACGAAGGUCUCUACCAGUGUGAAGCAUCUCUAGAAGGCAUUGGAGCUAUCAUCAGUCGGACAGCUAAGGUCAUGGUAGCAGGACCACUGAGGUUUCUUUCCCAGACAGAAUCUGUCACGGCUUUUGCAGGAGACACGAUUCUGCUGAAGUGUGAAGUUGUUGGGGAGCCCAUGCCCGUGGUGCACUGGCAGCGAAACCAGGAGGACGUGUUCCCGAGCCCGGCCGACACGCGGGUGGCCGUCCUGCCCUCCGGAGCUUUACAGAUCAGCAGGGUUCAGCACGGGGACAGCGGGAUCUACAGAUGCCUGGCGAAAAACCCAGCCAGUUCGAGAACUGGAAAUGAUGCAGAAGUCCGAGUUUUGGCAGAUCCAGGUUUGCACAGGCAGCAGUUUUUCCUGCAGCGACCGUCAAACGUGGUGGCCAUGGAAGGGAAGGAUGCUGUUCUGGAGUGCUGCGUUUCUGGGUACCCCCCUCCCACCUUCACGUGGCUGCGAGGAGACGAAGUGCUUCCCGUCAGGUCCAAAAAGUAUUCGUUACUGGCUGGCAGUAACCUACUCAUAUCAAACGUGACUGACGACGAUUCUGGGACGUACACGUGUGUAGUCACCUACAAAAACGAGAACAGCAGUGGCUCUGCAGAGCUGUCAGUGAUGGUUCCACCAUGGUUUUUAAUUCGCCCUUCAAAUCUUCAUGCCUAUGAGAGUAUGGAUAUUGAGUUUGAAUGUGCCGUGUCUGGUAAGCCUGUUCCUACGGUGGAGUGGAUCAAGAAUGGAGAAGUGGUCAUUCCUAGCGACUAUUUUCAGAUAGUGGGUGGCAGCAACUUACGGAUUCUGGGCUUGGUAAAGUCAGAUGAAGGUUUUUAUCAGUGUGUAGCUGAAAAUGAAGCUGGAAAUGCACAGGCCAGUGCACAGCUAAUCAUCCCAGAGCCUGCUGUGACCACCACGGCACCUCCCGCCCGCCCCGAUACCCCCGUGCCAGCGGCCUCUCUGACUGACUCCUCUCCUUCCCCUCCAGCUGUCCCAAGUUCCAGUGUCCUCCCCUCUGCCCCCCGAGAUGUGGUCCCUGUUUUGGUCUCCAGCCGGUUUGUCCGUCUCAGCUGGCGCCCACCCGCAGAAGCCAGAGGCAGCGUCCAGACGUACACGGUCUUCUUCUCCAGGGAUGGCGUCAACAGGGAACGGGCAGUCAACACAUCUCAGUCUGGAACACUUCAACUUACUGUGGGCAACCUGAAACCGGAGGAGACCUACACCUUCCGAGUGGUGGCAUACAACGAGUGGGGACCAGGAGAGAGCUCGCAGCCCGUCAAGGUCGCCACGCAGCCGGAGCUGCAAGUUCCUGGGCCAGUGGAAAAUCUGCGGGCUGUGUCUACCUCACCUACCUCGAUUCUCGUCUCCUGGGAUCCUCCUGCCUAUGCAAACGGCCCGGUUCAAGGCUACAGGCUCUUCUGUACGGAGAUGGCGACUGGAAGAGAGCAGAACGUGGAGGUGGACGGGCUCUCCUACCGGCUGGAGGGGCUGAAGAAGUUCACCGAGUACACCCUGCGCUUCCUCGCCUACAACCGCUACGGCCCCGGCGUCUCCACCGAGGAUGUGACGGUCACCACGCUUUCGGAUGUGCCCAGUGCCAUGCCUCAGAACGUCUCCUUGGAAGUGGUUAACUCCAGGAGCAUCAAAGUUAGCUGGUUGCCUCCACCACCAGGUACUCAAAAUGGAUUUAUUACGGGCUAUAAAAUCCGACAUAGAAAGACUACCCGCAGGGGUGAGAUUGAAACACUGGAGCCAAACAACCUCUGGUACUUGUUCACAGGACUUGAGAAAGGAAGCCAGUACAGUUUCCAGGUGGCUGCCAUGACAGUGAAUGGGACAGGCCCCCCCUCGGACUGGUACACAGCGGAAACACCCGAGAAUGAUCUCGAUGAAUCUCAGGUUCCUGACCAGCCAAGCUCUCUUCAUGUCAGGCCCUUGACAACAAGUAUCGUCAUGAGUUGGACUCCGCCGCUGAACCCAAACAUUGUCGUCCGCGGGUACAUCAUCGGCUACGGCGUAGGCAGUCCGUAUGCUGAGACUGUGCGGGUGGACAGUAAACAGCGUUAUUAUUCCAUUGAAAAUUUGGAGCCGAGUUCCCAUUACGUGAUUUCCUUAAAGGCCUUUAACAACGCAGGCGAAGGGGUGCCUCUGUACGAAAGUGCGACCACCAGGUCGAUGACAGACCCCAUUGAUCCAUUAGAAGUUGAUUUUUAUCCUUUGCUUGAUGAUUUCCCUACCUCAGUCCCAGAUAUCUCCACCCCCAUGCUCCCACCAGUAGGUGUCCAGGCUGUUGCACUUACGCAUGAUGCAGUGAGGGUCAUCUGGGCAGACAACUCUGUCCCAAAGAACCAAAAGACUACGGAGGUUCGCUUCUACACGGUCCGAUGGAGAACAAGCUAUUCGACAAGUGCUAAGUACAAGUCGGCAGACACGACCGCUCUGAGUCACACCGUGAUAGGUCUGAAGCCAAACACGAUGUACGAGUUCUCUGUCAUGGUCACCAAAGGUCGGCGGUCCAGCACCUGGAGCAUGACCGCGCAUGCCACCACCUAUGAAGCAGCUCCAACCUCUGCUCCCAAGGAUUUGACAGUCAUUACGAGGGAAGGGAAGCCCCGGGCCGUCAUUGUCAGCUGGCAGCCGCCGUUGGAAGCCAAUGGAAAAAUUACUGCUUACAUCCUCUUCUAUACUUUGGACAAGAACGCUCCGAUUGAUGACUGGAUUAUGGAGUCCAUCAGCGGCGACCGCCUCACCCACCAGAUCAUGGACCUCAACCUGGACACCGUCUACUACUUCAGAAUCCAAGCUCGCAACGCCAAGGGAGUGGGGCCCCUCUCCGAUCCCGUUUUCUUCCGGACACUGAAAGUCGAGCACCCUGACAAAAUGGCUAAUGACCAAGGUCGUCACGGGGAUGGCUCCUACUGGCCGGUGGACACCAACCUGAUUGACAGGAGCAGUCUGAACGAGCCCCCCAUCGGGCAGAUGCACCCUCCCCACGGCAGCGUCACCCCCCAGAAGAACAGCAACCUCCUUGUCAUCAUCGUCGUCACCGUCGGUGUCAUCACGGUGGUGGUGGUGGUGGUGGUGGCCGUCAUCUGCACCAGGCGCUCCUCGGCACAGCAGAGAAAGAAACGUGCAACCCAUAGCGCUGGUAAAAGGAAGGGCAGCCAGAAGGACCUGAGACCCCCGGAUCUGUGGAUACACCACGAGGAGAUGGAAAUGAAGAACAUCGAGAAGCCGACGGGCUCGGAUCCCGCAGGAAGGGACUCGCCGAUGCAGAGCUGCCAGGAUAUCACCCCCGUCAGCCACAGCCAGUCGGAAACGCAGCUGGGCAGCAAGAGCACCCCGCAGCCCGGGCCUGAGACAGAAGAUGUCGGAAGCAGCAUGUCCACGUUGGAGCGCUCGCUUGCUGCCCGCAGAGCCACCCGUGCCAAGCUCAUGAUCCCCAUGGAUUCACAACCAAACAACCCUCCUGUGGUCAGUGCCAUUCCGGUGCCAACACUAGAAAGUGCCCAGUACCCCGGGAUCCUGCCGUCCCCGACCUGCGGAUACCCGCACCCGCAGUUCACCCUUCGGCCGGUGCCGUUCCCGACCCUCUCGGUGGACAGGACCUUUGGAGCUGGAAGAACUGUUAAUGAAGGACCAGCACCACAGCAGCCGUCCUUGCUACCGCAGACGCAGCCUGAGCACUCCAACAACGAGGACGCCCCGAGCAGAACCAUCCCCACCGCCUGCGUCCGCCCUACGCACCCUCUCCGCAGCUUUGCCAACCCCUUGCUACCUCCGCCCAUGAGUGCAAUAGAACCGAAAGUCCCUUACACACCACUUCUGUCUCAAACAGGGCCUAACCUCCCCAAGGCUCAGGUUAAAACAGCAUCCCUUGGCUUGGCAGGGAAAGCCAGGUCACCUCUGCUGCCCGUCUCGGUGCCCACAGCCCCGGAGGUCGCAGAAGAGGGCCACAAGCAGACGGAGGACUCCGCAAACGUUUAUGAGCAGGAUGAUCUGAGUGAACAGAUGGCCAGUUUGGAGGGGCUAAUGAAGCAACUCAAUGCUAUCACAGGCUCAGCCUUCUAACAGCUCUUGAUGAAGCGAUAAUUAUCCCGGAGCAUUGCAGCAUACCAGGAUUUCACGCAUACCACCCACGUACACCACCCCAUAAAAUCAUCUUGUUCCCGGUCCCACUCCUUCAGCGCAAGGAAGAUUCCUGCAAAGUCCUAAAAGGAAUGAUAAGAAGAAGAAAAAGGAAAGAAUAAUAAUGGAAAUGUUACAGAACUGUGGAUCUGGCAUCUAAAGUGAUGGAAGCGUGGCAAAGCGAAUGACGUCAUCGCUGCGGAGUCGUAGCUGAUGCCACCAGAUUGCUCAUUUUGAUCUACUAGUCUUCGUAGAGCUCAAGUUGUCAUGACUAACUCAUGUUUUACUCCGUAGAGGUUUGUAGCUCUUUGUAUAGAUCUAGUCUUACCUCAUGCAAGUAUGUUUUUAAACAUAGACCAUGCCGUUAAUGAGACAGUGUUGUAGGUCACUCGUUUGGGUUUUUUUUUAAGUACGUAAUUACUGACUACAAAAACACCCAUAGCAAAUAAUCACACCACCACGCCAAAAAUUUGGAAGUUUUCUCAACAGCACAAAACAAAAAGACAAAUUACUAAUU